AUGCGCAUUGACAGUGUUGGGAUCCGGAAACGACCCAAACUGGAUAGUGAUAGUGACGAUGUAGCGAACGGACAUGAUGAUUAUCAGAAUCAUGCAAAAGAUGCACUCGCGCAGAUCGAGCAGGGGCUCUUGUGUGGUAUAUGUAUUGAGUUAUAUGAUCGUCCUUGUGUACUGUCACCGUGUGGGCACGUGUUCUGUGCGUCAUGUCUAGUGUCGUGGUUCUCUGUGGCACAAGAAGUGAAUGAGGAUCCAUAUGAAGAGCGACGCACGGGGCUUGUGCGCCGAAAGAAAGUAUGCCCAAGCUGUCGUGCCCAGAUCGUGUCACCCCCUUUAGAACUUUGGGCGUUAAAAGAUGUUCUUGCAGCAAUUCAUAAUUAUCGGGGAACAGCACCAUCGACAAACGAGAUACAGCAGUCAUUAUGGGAUGGACUCUUUGACCCUACGACAUUCUAUCAUGUCAUUCGUGACCAAGACGAUGGAGUGCUUCGCUGUGGCAUGUGUUCAAGUGAAAUCCUUGAAGGCCAGUGUACAAAUCGAGAAUGUGGCAUUAUCUACGAAAAUUUGUCUGAAGAAGAGCGUGCGUGGCAUGCCUCUGAAAAUGUGCACGAUGACUCAGAUAUGAUAUCUGAUGAUGACAACGAUGAUGAAGACGCAGGCUCGCUGGACGACUUCGUUGUCGAUGAUGAUGUCGACGAAGGUGACGAUGUCAACGUUAGUACCAAUGAGAGCGAGCACACCGAUGAAGAAUCUCGAUCUGUCUCGUCUGACUCGAGUGUUUCCGUGAUAGAUAAUUCAUCUGCGCGGAAUCAGCCAUCACGCCCAGUCUCUAUCAGCUCUGACGGAGACACUUCAAGCGAACAUUCCGAUGAAAGCAAUUCUCGCAACGAUGAAUCUAGCGCAGACGAUGAAUGCACGGAGGUACCACUAAAUGCUUCAUUCGUUCGCCGGAAGCGACUGGAGGCAUUGAUGAAAUCACGCGCACGUCGGCGCGAUGCGUCGAGAUCCCUCGAUUUGGUGGACCAAGAUUCUCGCAGUGCUGAUGCUACGGAUCAUGAUGAUGUUUCCACAUAA